AUGCGUCUUGCGGAAGUCAUUCCAGAGGAUGAUGGGAUAUAUUAUGGACAGUUCCCGGAUGACUUUAUCUGGAGCGCAGCCACGGCUGCCUACCAAGUAGAGGGGGCCUGGAAUGAAGAUGGAAGAGGUCCUAGUAUAUGGGACACCUUUUCACACAUAAAAGGAAAGAUAGAAAAUAAUGACACUGGCGAUGUGGCAUGCGACAGUUAUCAUAACUUUCAACAGGACGUAGAGCUUCUUAAAGAACUAGGGGUUUCCCACUACAGGUUCUCCAUAUCCUGGUCUCGUAUUUACCCAUUAGGAACCACAGAGAUGUUGAAUCAAAGAGGGGUGGAGUAUUAUCACAGAUUGAUUGACGCCCUAAAAGCCGCCAAGAUAGAACCCAUGGUGACACUCUAUCACUGGGAUUUACCACAAACCCUGGAGGACAAAGGAGGCUGGCUCAACGAGUCCAUUGUUCAACAUUUUCAAAAUUUUGCUGAACUUUGUUUCAAGGAAUAUGGUCCAAAGGUUAAACUCUGGAUCACAUUCAAUGAACCCUGGAUUAUUUCCUGGAAAGGAUACGGAAGUGGAGAUUUUGCACCUGGAAAAAGCGACAGUCCCGGAACUUACCCCUACAUUGCAGCACACAACAUUCUGAAAGCACACGCAAAAGCUUAUAGAAAAUACGAAACAAAGUACAAGAAGCAAUACAAUGGUACAGUCGGUAUAGUGCUUAACAUUCACUGGGCUGAACCAAUGGACCCUAAUAACCCCAGUCACUUAGCAGCCUCUGAGAGAAUGAUGCAGUUUGAUUUUGGAUGGUUUGCAAAUCCUGUGUUUAUAAACGGCUCAUAUCCUGAAGUGAUGGUGGAGAAUGUAGCCAGGAGAAGCCAAGCUCAGGGUCUAAAGUCAAGACUUCCGAAGUUCACUUCACAGGAGCAGAAAGAGAUAAAUGGUUCCGCUGAUUUUGUUGGAAUAAAUUUCUACACAUCGUCAAGAGUAUUUCCUUUCCAAUUUCCUGUGGAUGAUGUGAGCUACCAAACGGACAAAGAUGCAGACUUUGAUCUGGACCCUAACUGGCCUGGAUCGGGGUCAAUUUGGUUAAAGGUUACACCCUUUGCUAUCCGAAAGCAGUUGAAAUGGAUAAAAGAUCGCUAUAACAACAUUCCUGUAUAUGUAACAGAAAAUGGGGUAUCAGACAGAAAUGGUUCACUGGUGGAUAUUCAUAGAAUAAAUUAUUAUAGAGCAUAUAUCAACGAGGUUUUGAAAGCGAUCAAAGAUGGUUGUAAUGUCUUGGGAUAUACAGCAUGGUCUCUUCUUGAUAAUUUCGAGUGGAACAAAGGAUAUGCAGAAAAAUUUGGACUGCACUAUGUAGACUUCAACGACCCCAAACGGAAACGCACCCCAAAAGCCUCUGCAAGAUUUUACAAACAGGUUAUUGCAGAGAAUGGAUUCAGGCCCGGAUACCCUGGGAUAGGAGGGCGGGGACUUGCCCCAGAACACGAGAGUGGGAUCUAUUACGACACUUUUCCCGACGGAUUCGUGUGGAGUUCCGCCACUGCAGCCUAUCAAGUAGAAGGGGCUUGGAAUGAAAAUGGAAAAGGACCGAGUAUCUGGGAUGUUAAAGCUCACGAAAAAGAUUACAUCAACAACAAUGAAAACGGUGACGUGGCCUGUGAUAGCUAUCAUAAAUACAAAGAGGACGUUCGUCUGCUGAAAAACUUAGGGGUCUCACACUACCGAUUCUCCAUUUCUUGGCCAAGAGUAUUUCCCAACGGCACGAAAGAAAGUAAAAAUCCAAUGGGCGUGAAGUAUUAUCACAACCUGAUAGACGAACUGCUAAAAGCUGGCAUAAAACCAAUGAUCACGCUCUACCACUGGGAUCUGCCUCAGGCUCUGGAAGAAAAAGAGGGAGGAUGGAUGAACGAAUCUAUCGUGAACCGCUUCCGAGACUAUGCUGACUUCUGCUUCAGUGAAUAUGGAAAGAAAGUGAAGUUGUGGAUAACAUUUAACGAACCUUGGAUAGUAUCCUGGCUAGGAUAUGGUGUGGCGAGUUUUGCCCCAAACAAAUACGGACCGGGAACAAAUACGUAUAUUGUUUCACACAAUCUUAUCAAAUCCCAUGUAGCAGUAUACCAUCGGUAUAAUAGUACAUACAAGGCGACACAAAAUGGAAUCGUUGGAAUAACUCUAAACGUUGGUUGGGCCGAACCGGAAGAUCCCUACAAUCCCGAACACCUGAAGGCCUCCGAAAGGGAUAUUCUUUUUAAUUAUGGAUGGUUUGCUCAUCCCAUUGUUCAUGGCAACUAUCCACAAGUCAUGAUUGACAGGAUCAGAGAAAAGAGCGCGAUACAACAUCUAAAUGAGAGUAGACUUCCAGAAUUUACACAGGAGGAACAAGAAAAAAUGAAAGGUGCUACAGAUUUCUUGGGUCUGAACUUCUACACAUCUAGCAUCGUGUAUCCAAAGGACGACAGAGAUGACGUCAGCUAUGACGCAGACAAAGGAACUGGGGCUAAAGCUGACCCCUCUUGGAUCGGGUCCGGGUCUGGCUGGUUGAAAGUUACUCCUUUUGGCUUGCGAAAAAUGCUGAAUUGGAUAAAGGAGCACUACAAGAAUCUGCCAGUAUACGUCACUGAGAACGGAAUCUCGGACAAAAACGGAUCACUCACUGAUUUUCAUCGGAUACAUUAUUAUAGGACUUAUAUUAAUGAAAUGCUGAAAGCAAUCAAGCUGGAUGGCUGCAAUGUUAAGGGAUACACCGCUUGGUCUUUGAUGGAUAAUUUGGAAUGGCGUGCUGGAUACUCGGAACGUUUCGGACUUCACUACGUUGAUUUUAAUGAUAAAAACAGAACCAGAACUCCGAAAGCGUCAGCGCGAUUUUACAAGCAAGUUAUAGCUGAAAAUGGAUUCAAACCGGGGUAUUCCAGCAUUGGAGGCCGUGGCACAGCACCAGCCUUAGAAAAUGAAUUUUAUUACGACACGUUUCCUGAUGGUUUUAUCUGGAGCUCAGCAACUGCUGCAUAUCAGGUGGAGGGGGGAUGGAACGAAGAUGGUCGAGGGCCAAGUAUCUGGGAUACAUUUGCUCAUCAACCUAAUGUUAUGGACAAGAACGCGACAGGUGAUAAAGCUUGUGACAGCUAUCAUAAAUAUGAAGAGGAUGUCCAGUUGCUAAAAAAUAUGGGGGUUUCACACUACCGAUUUUCUAUCUCCUGGUCCAGAGUUCUUCCAGAUGGAACAACGUCCUAUGUUAACGAAUUGGGAGUACGGUAUUAUAACAACCUGAUAAACGAGUUAUUAAGGAACAAUAUCCAGCCAAUGGUGACGCUGUAUCACUGGGAUUUACCACAGGCUCUGGAGGAUAAGGGAGGGUGGCUGAAUGGUACAAUGGUAGACUAUUUCCGGGCUUACGCUGAAUUUUGUUUCCAAAGGUUUGGGGAUAGGGUAAAAUUAUGGAUAUCUUUCAACGAGCCUUGGAUUGUGUCCUGGCUAGGAUACGGUGUAUCAACUUUUGCCCCCGCUAAGUGGGGUCCAGGCACCAAUACUUAUAUCGUAUCUCACAACCUAAUAAAGGCUCACGCAAAAGCAUUCCACACGUACAAUGAUACUUAUAGGGCUAGUCAAAAAGGUCAGUUUGGAAUCACGUUGAAUGUUGGUUGGUCGGAGCCCGAUGACCCAUUCAAUCCCGAUCAUUUGGCUGCAUCAGAAAGGGCAUUACAAUUCGACUUUGGUUGGUUCGCACAUCCAAUAGUUAUUAAUGGAAAUUAUCCAAAAGUGAUGAUUGAUAAAGUGGCCUAUAAAAGCAAUGUUCAGAACUUUACAAAUACUCGAUUAACUCCAUUCACUGACGAGGAACAACGCAUGAUUAAGGGUACGACAGACUUUUUGGGGUUGAAUUUCUACACUUCAUCAGUGGUAUAUCCAGAAGAUAAAGGCUUUACAGAUAUCAGUUAUGAUGCAGAUAAAGAUGUCGGUGGGAGACAGGAAUCUAGCUGGCUAGGGUCCGGAUCAGGAUGGUUGAAGGUUACACCUUUCGGCUUGCGUAAAAUUCUGAACUGGAUCAGAAAUACGUAUAAUAACAUGCCAGUGUACGUGACAGAAAACGGUGUUUCUGACCGAAACGGAUCACUGGUGGACUAUCAUAGGAUACAUUAUUAUAGAUCAUACAUAAAUGAAAUGCUAAAAGCUGUCAAACUGGAUAACUGUAAUGUCAAAGGAUACACUGCCUGGUCUCUCAUGGACAACUUAGAAUGGCGGGCAGGCUACUCGGAGAAAUUCGGUCUACAUUACGUUAACUUCAGUGACCCGAACAGAAGUAGGACAGGAAAACUUUCCGCUGAAUUUUAUAGACAAGUUGUGAACAGCAACGGGUUUCUGGAGGAUUCUCUCACAUCUCCAGAAAACGGAAAUAAACUGGGUGUUUACCGCGAGCUUAAAUACGCUGAUGACUUUUACAAAGGCAAAUUUCCCCAGGAUUUUAUGUGGGGUGUGGCGACUGCUGCAACUCAAAUAGAGGGAGCAAAAAAUAAAGAUGGUAAAGGUGUCAGCCUAUUUGACUAUGCUUUGGAAGAAGCAACAAGGAAUGAUCUAUUGACUAAGGAAAAUUGGCCAGACACUGCAUGCGACAGUUAUACUAAAUUUUUGGAUGAUGUCAGCUUAUUAGUACAGCUAAAAGUAUCGCAUUAUCGUUUUUCAAUAUCCUGGAGCCGUGUUUUACCAGACGGUUCUGCAGACAAUGUCAACCAGUUGGGAAUUGAGUACUACAAUAACUUAAUUGACGCCUUGGUGGAUGCUGGUAUUGUUCCCAUGGUUACCAUGUACCACUCUGAUAUGCCAUUUGUCUUUUUUAAAAAUGGAGGCUGGAAAAAUGAUAGUAUGAUUGACAACUUUGAAAAAUACGCAAUGAUUCUCUUCCGUGAAUUCGGAGAUCGAGUUAAACAUUGGAUUACAGUAAACGACCCAUACAGUUUAGCCUCCGCCAGUGUACAGCCGUAUCAAGUUGCCCACAAUCUGAUCAAGGCCCAUGCAAGAGCAUACCGUCUUUACGAAAAGGAUUUCCGCACAAAACAAGAAGGAAAAAUCGGGAUUUCAUUGAAAAACAGUUGGUUUGAACCCAAACGACCAACACAUCCGGCCGACAUCGACGCUCACAGAAGGAAAAUGGAGCACACCCUAGGGUUAUUUGCAUACCCAAUAUUUGUCAAUGGUGAAUAUUCGCCAUUCCUUCGAAGGAUGAUUGAGAGAAACACCUCUAAGGAUGCAGCUGGAAGCAUUCUCCCAUUAUUUAGUGACGCCGAGAAGAUGGCAGUUAAAGGUUCUGCGGACUUUUUCGGUCUGAACUUUUAUUCGACAUAUUAUGUAUCAAGUUCCACAGAAGUUGAGAAGGGAUUUGCAAUAGAUACAGACACUGUCACAUCUGUUGAUCCUUCUUGGUCACAGACAAUCUUUGGAAAUUAUGGAUCCGCUCCAUAUGGCCUUCGCAAAAUGUUGAAUUGGAUUAAGGACAAUUACAACAACAUCCCAGUGUACAUAACAGAAAACGGCUACCCUGAUGAGACGGGCAUUUUGAAUGACUAUGACAGGGCAAAGAUUCUUUCGCAAUAUAUUAGCGAAGUCCUUAAAGCAAUUAACCUGGAUGACUGCAAUGUUCAAGGGUACACUGUUUGGUCCUUAAUGGAUAAUGUUGACUGGACAUUUGGAACUAAGGCUAAAUUUGGAUUGUAUCAUGUAGACUUUAGUGACCCGCAGUUACCUCGAACACCGAAGUUAUCUGCUAAAGUUUACUCACAAAUAAUAGAACAGAAUGGAUUAAUGACCGACUCAAUCAUUCAACAGCAAAAUCAAACGGUUAUAGUCGACCACGCUGAGAGCGACCCCUAUCGUCAACUUCUUUAUGAGGAUGAGAUGUAUUAUGGGGUGUUCCCUGACGGAUUUGCUUGGAGCUCAGCCACAGCUUCCUAUCAGGUUGAAGGGGCUUGGAAUGAAGAUGGAAAAGGACCAAGUAUUUGGGAUACGUAUUCUCACGCUGGGUACGUCGAUAAUAAGGACACGGGUGAUGUUGCUUGUGAUAGCUAUCAUAAAUAUCUAGAGGAUGUUCAACUCAUCAAAAAUUUAAAGACAAGUCACUACAGGUUCUCAAUUUCUUGGCCACGUAUUCUUCCUGAUGGAACAACGAACACCAUCAACCGUCUUGGUAUUCAAUACUACAACAAUUUAAUCGACGCUCUCAUGGAUGCUGGAAUAGUUCCUAUGGUUACAUUGUAUCAUUGGGAUCUACCUCAAGCAUUAAUGAGAAACGGUGGAUGGCAAGAAGAAAAAACGAUAGAUCAUUUUGCUGAAUAUGCAAGGCUUUGUUAUACCUAUUUUGGUGACAGGGUCAAGUUUUGGAUAACCUUCAAUGAACCUUGGGUUGUAUCUCAUCUCGGCUACGAAACCGGUGAAAUGGCACCUAGGAUUGUAGGAAAAGGAGACAAAUCAUAUGUUGUUGCUCACAAUUUAAUAAAAGCACAUGCAAAGGCUUAUAGAAUAUACGACGAAGAGUUUAAAAGUAGUCAGAAAGGUGAAGUUGGAAUAACCCUAAAUACUGAGUGGGUAUUUCCUAAAAACAACAGUGAUCCCAAUGACAGGACCGCCUCUGAAAGAGCAAUUAAUUUUGAAUUUGGUUGGUUCCUUAACCCUGUUAUAAAAGGAGAUUAUCCUGAGGUUAUGAGGGAGCAGGUCGACAGAAAAAGCAAGGAUCAAAAUCUUUCCAAGAGUCGCCUGCCAGUUUUCUCUGAAAAAGAAAAAGAAUUCAUAAGAGGUACUUAUGAUUUCAUUGGUAUGAAUUUCUACUCGUCAAGUAUUGGAACACAUAAAGUGACCACUGAUCAGAGCUACAAUGGAGACCAGGAUGUAGAGAAAUACCAAGAUCCAUCUUGGCUAGGCUCGGGAUCGUCAUGGUUGAAAGUUACACCAGUUGGAAUUCGUCGGAUGCUGAACUGGGUGAAAUAUACAUAUGGAGAUAUUCCAAUCUAUAUCACAGAAAAUGGUGUGUCGGAUAGAAACGGAUCACUUCAGGAUGAUCAUAGAAUAUCCUAUUACAAACAAUAUAUUAAUAAUGUUUUGAAAGCAAUACGAUUAGAUGACAUAAAUGUGAAGGGAUACACAGCAUGGUCACUCAUGGAUAAUUUUGAAUGGGCUAGGGGGUAUUCGGAACGUUUUGGUCUUCAUUAUGUUGAUUUUAAAGAUCCAAAGAGACCAAGAAUUCCGAAAGCGAGUGCGUUGUAUUACAAGAAAAUCAUCACCGACAAUGGCUUUGUAAAAGAUGAGCCAACCAUGAUACAGAAUUCUACCACAGCAUUUCCAGAAAAUGAUCCCUAUCGGGAGCUAAGCUAUGAAAAUGAAAUGUUAUAUGGGAUGUUCCCCACAGAUUUUGCUUGGAGUUCAGCAACAGCUGCUUAUCAGAUAGAAGGGGCCUGGAAUGAGGACGGUAAGGGUCUCGGUAUUUGGGAUGUAUUUUCUCACCAGCCUGGUAAUGUGGACAAUAACGAUACGGGUGAUAUGGCAUGUGACAGUUACCAUAAAUAUCUGGAAGAUAUUCAGCUCAUCAAAAAUUCGAAGACAACACAUUACCGAUUUUCCAUAUCUUGGCCACGAGUUUUACCAGACGGAACAACCAAAACUAUUAACCGCCUGGGGAUUCUGUAUUACAACAACUUAAUCGAUGCUUUAGUUGAUGCUGGUAUUGUACCAAUGGUGACACUCUAUCACUGGGAUCUUCCACAAGCUCUGAUGAAGUAUGGAGGCUGGCAGGGAGAAAAGACCGCAGAACUAUUCGCUGAAUACGCUAGACUUUGUUUUACCCUUUUUGGAGACAGGGUUAAGUUUUGGAUUACACUAAAUGAACCAUUUGUCGUAUCCAACCAUGGGUAUGAAAUCGGUGUCAUGGCACCCGGCUUGACAGGAAAGGGCGAUCGAAUAUAUGCUGCGGGACAUAACCUUAUCAAAGCUCAUGCCAAAGCAUAUAGGAUCUACGAAAAGGAUUUCAAGAAAACACAGAAGGGGAUAAUUGGAAUUACCCUAAAUACGGACUGGCAGGUCCCCAAAAAUCCAUCCGACCCAAAGGACAGAGCUGCAUCAAAUCGUGCGAUUAAUUUCAUGUUUGGAUGGUUCCUAAAUCCUGUAAUCACAGGUGACUAUCCACAAGUUAUGAGGGACCAAGUGGAUAGAAAAAGCAGAGAACAAGGCAUUACACCAAGCAGGCUCCCUGCUUUCACGCCGCAUGAGAAGUUAUUCAUUAAAGGCACGUACGACUUUCUUGGAAUGAAUUUUUACACGUCGAACCUAGUGCGAAGCAUAGCUGCUACAAAACAGAGUUAUGUUGGUGACCAGGAUGCAGAAUUCACGAAAGACCCAUCAUGGCUUGGAUCUGGUUCAGAUUGGUUAAAGGUGACUCCAGUUGGUAUUCGGCGUAUGUUAAAUUGGAUAAAGUUUACAUACGGGGACUUCCCAAUCUACAUAACAGAGAAUGGAGUGUCUGACCGAAAUGGUUCUCUACAAGAUGAUCACAGAAUCUUUUAUUAUAAGCAUUACAUCAACAAUGUUUUCAAAGCUAUACAACUUGAUGGCGUAAACGUGAAAGGAUAUACUGCUUGGUCUUUAAUGGAUAACUUCGAAUGGGCACGAGGAUACUCGGAACGUUUCGGGCUUCAUUAUGUUAACUUUUCCGACCCUCUGAGACCAAGAACUCCAAAAGCAAGUGCGCGUUACUUCACAAAACUUAUAACAGACAAUGGUUUUGUGAGAGACAAUCCCUCUACCCCAAGCACUUCAUCUCCGACUAAUACACAUAGGCCUACAGUGCAAGUAAACGUUUGUAAUCCGACCUCAUCAGGCACAUACUGCAGUUGUGUUCUUGCCCUCUUUAUAAGUUUUGUAGAAUUUUUGUUUUUCAUAGUGAGACAAGUAUGAUAUACUUAA